AUGGCCUUCAGUGAGUACCUUGAUCGAGUCUCGUGGGACGAACGGCUGUCUGUCACAGAGGAAGCCGAUAAGUUCCCUCAUCUCACCGGCGGCUGGGCUAGCCCAUCCCUCUUUGGCCCCAACCUCUACGAAACGAUUCCUUCCGGGGUGUGCCCGCCUUUCAAAUAUUUGAUCGUCUCGGCUAGUGGCUUCGGCACUCCACUGCACACUGAGCCAGACGGGGGUAGCACGUGGCUGGCUCUGUUGUCCGGCCGCAAGCGAUGGCUGGUGUUUCCGCAAGACGCCGACAUCACCACCUUCCCCAAUUACCACGAAGACAUGUCGGCGCACGAGUUCUUUAGCCAAGUGAUGUGGGAGGGAGUGCAAGAGCCAGGAGAGAUCCUCUAUGUGCCCAGUGGCUGCGCGCAUGUGGUGCUCACAUUGGACGCCUCGGUGGCCAUAUCAGUCGAUUUCAUCAACGACACCAACCUCCCCUUCAUCGCGCCACACCUGCGUGCUUUGAUCUGCCCCCAAUAA